UUCUCUGUGUUCGGUAGUGAGGCCUGAAACGUAAACGGAAUUGGAGGGUAUUUAUUUUGAAGAAAGGGAUCCGUUCGUGAUGCAUGCCAAGAUGCCAAAUUCGAUCGUAACUUAACGCAAAUAUAUAUUUUAUAUAUUUGGAGUGAAUCCAAAGCAAAACCUCUAUGUUUUAAACAACGUUACUGCGUUGCCGUUAUUAUUAGCGCAAUGUAAGCUAAUGUAUUUUAGCUUCAUCCACAAACCCCAAGUUUGUUCACGUUUAUUUAAGAACUAAUCGCAUCUAUCUACUUCAUUUUUCUCAUCCGCGAGGACUAACUAAAGCCCAGACAGGUUUGAUUGUCCUGCAAUGGCAAGUGUGCACGAAAGUUUGUAUUUCAACCCCAUGAUGACAAAUGGAGUGGUUCACGCAAACAUAUUCGGUAUUAAAGAUUGGGUCACUCCAUAUAAGAUUGCUGUGUUAUAUUUACUCUACGAGAUGUCUACAACUAAACCAAUGGCACUUCUAGACAGAAGACGCCUUAACAAACUCAUCCUGCCUUUACAACAGGGUCCAGAUUUGCCCCUAGAACAGUUUCUUAAAAUAGUGGAAGAGUGCUGUGCUCGCAUGGCCAAUGUUGUGAAGCUCAGGUUGUUUUUAAUAGCUGAUGGGGAGCUGCAAGACAUGGAGCAUUUCUUUACUAUCCUACCAAAUGCUUUCACUGAUUCAGAGGCAUUCAAAACCAGCGUUGUAGGUCUGUUCAUGCGUCAGAUGCUGCUAGCCUAUAAUAAACUGUCUUUUAGUCAGGUGUAUAAGCUGUAUAAAUCCCUGCAGCAGUACUGCCAUCGCAGCAGGCAACCUGAGCUGUCUGCCCCACCCGGUGAAGACAUGGAGCUGACAAGCAACGAAGACCCCAGUGCUGACCAUAUAGACAAAGUUGAGCUGGACAAAGUAACUCCACAUCACUCUGAGCUGUGGUCUGAUGAGACACAAGGUCCUUUAUCUCAGAAACAGGCGGAAUACUUCCUCGCUCGACAGGCAUAUCUGCUGAAGAACGAUGAGAACAAGGCCAUGUCACCAGCUAAGCUACAGGAUGAGCUAAACAACAUCCUCAAGUUCAAUCCUGACUUUGCAGAGGCGCAUUACCUCAGCUAUCUGAACAGCAUGCGAGUGCAGGAUAUUUACAUCUCCACUCACAGUCUCCUCCACUAUUUCGACCGCCUCAUUCUCUCUGGUGGAGAAGGCAAGAGCAACGGAGAUGAAGGCUAUGGGCGCAGUUUGCGUUAUGCUGUGCUGAAUCUGGCAACCCUGCACUGUCGCUUUGGACAUUAUCAACAGGCAGAUUUGGCUCUGCAGGAAGCUAUUCGCAUUGCACAGGAAGCAAACGACCACGUGUGUCUUCAGCACUGCCUGAGUUGGUUGUACACACUCGAACAGAUGAAAGGAUCUGAUAGUGUUGUACUGACUGAAGACUCUGUGAAAAUUGCUGCCCACUUUUGUCUCCCUUAUUUAGCUUCUCUGGGCAUUCAGUCCCUGGUCCAGCAGGGAGCAAAACAGGGCAUGCUGGCCAACAGGCUGCUGGACGGCCUGCGGGGGACAGACAUCAUGCAUUGGAAGCAAAGCCUCUCUGAGCUGGUAGAAAUUAGCCUGGCCCAGACCACUUCAAUAUGGAGGAUGUAUGGCAAAAGCACUAUGGCACUGCAGCAGGCUCAGCUCCUGUUAAACAUGAACAGUCUGGAGCCGGUCAACUUCAGUGUGCAGCAAAACAACACGGAAGCCUUUGCCGUCGCCCUCUGCCACCUGGCAGAGCUCCACGCUGAGCAGGGCCUGUAUGCUGUCGUGAGUGACAUUAUGAGACACCUGAAGCAGCAGUUUCCUCCUCAUACUCAACACGCAAAGCUCUGGAUGCUCUGCGAUCUGAAAAUUCAGUUCGAGAAAGCUAUGAAUGAUGGAAAAUACCACAUGGCUGAACCUCUCGUCACAGCUAUCUCUGCUUUAAACAGCACAGAGGGAUUGUACAGGAAAGCCCAGUUAAUGAAAGCGUUGAAUCAGACAUCUGAGGCCUCUAAGAUUCUACAGCAUCUGCAGCAGCGGUGCGAGAAGAGUAAGAACAUAGAGAUGACCAUCAGGGUGAUGCUGGCCUCUGCCGAACUCCACUGGGACUCGUCGGGUUUCGCGACAGCUUUGCCUUUACUUCUACAGGCUCUCGCUCUGUCCCGCCAGCACAACCUCCAGAAUUUGGCUUCAGAGACCGUCUUACACCUGGCAUUUACACAGCUUAUGUUGGGGAUCCCUGAGCAGGCUCUUGUUCUGGUGCAGGAUGUGCUGGAGUCAGUCUUGGCUCACGGGGCUCUGAUAGACAAGGGCAGAGCUUUGCUGCUGGCUGCUAGAUGUCAGAUGGCCCUGGCAGGGACUACCACAGAGGAAAACAGACUGUCGGCUAUGGAACUAGCCGUGCACACAUUGGAUGAGGCAGCGGUGUAUUUCUCCCGCCUUGACUGUAAAGAGCGCAUGAGAGAUGUGUACUACUUACAGGCACGCUUGCUUCACACUCUCGGCAAUUUCUCCCAACGCAACAAAUGCGCCAUGCUGUUCCGCCUGCUCGAUCAGGAGCUCCCGUUGUCUGGAAUGACAGUUGUCAAUCGGCUUUAGCUAAGAAUGUGAAUGUGCUUUUGACUUCCAAGCACUCAAAUGAUCAUUUAUGCAUUCUAGGGGUGUCCUUGUGAACUGUGCAUACUGAAAAUAAAUUGUUUUGUAUAUGAAAA